AUGCAGGCAAUGCCCGAUUCACGCACGCAGAGCUUCGAGGAGAUUUAUGGCCCACCAGAGAACUUCCUAGAGAUAGAGGUCAAGAAUCCACGAACACACGGUAUGGGCCGUAGCAUGUACACCGACUACGAGAUCGUAUGCCGUACAAAUAUCCCAGCUUUCAAGCUCCGCCACAGCAAUGUCCGCAGGCGCUACUCUGACUUCGAAUAUUUCCGCGACAUCCUGGAGAGAGAAUCUGCCCGUGUGACCAUUCCUCCUCUGCCCGGUAAGGUCUUUACCAACCGGUUCAGCGAUGAUGUGAUCGAGCACAGGAGGGAAGGUUUGCAGCGGUUCUUGCAAAUUGUUGUGGGCCAUCCACUCUUGCAGACUGGUAGCAAAGUUCUGGCAGGCUUUGUUCAAGACCCUAAUUGGGACCGUAACGCAUGGUGA